AUGAUUAUAGAUAAUCAAACACCCGUAACAUUGGCAUAUAAGAAAGGAAACAUUGAAUUGUUUAAAGAAUUAUUAAGUACAGGUGCUGAUCUUAACUAUAUAAACGGAAAAACCAAUACAAUUUUAUAUUAUGCAUGCAAAUAUAAAGAUUUAAAUGCUGUUAAAUCUGCUUUAAGCUAUGGAGUCGAUAUCAGGGCAAAAAGCUAUAAAAGUGCAUUAUAUGUAGCGCUGCAUUUGGGAAAGCUUGAUAUAGCAAAUUACUUGGUUGAUAAUGGAUUUGAUUGCAGCAUGGAUCAUUGCAGAGACUCUCAUUCAAAGUUUCUACUUUUGGCAGCUAUUAAUUCUUUGGACUUCUCAUUACUCAAAAAGAUAUACCAUGCAGGAGGAAGCACAGAAAUCAAACAUAUGUACAUUAAUAGUUUGAAGUUCAUUCAUGGAAUACUGUUUAAUUCACAUAAUCAGAAUGAUGAUACUUUCAGUGCUAUUAAUUAUGCAAUUGAAAUCAUGCAAUUCUUUGCUAGGCGUUAA